CACAUAAAUGUGCUUCCCUCAGGAAAAGCUCCACAAUGACUUCACUCAGCGUCUGGAGAUUGUCUUGAAAAGCCAGCAGUAAGAUUUCUGUGGCUCUGGUUUCUGGUGACAGUUUGCCUGUGGUGUAUCACUGAACUACACAGCGGUAGGAAGGAAGGACUUGCCCACGAUCGCCUAAAUCCAUAGCAGUCCCAACACUUGAACACAGCUCUCCCCCAGUUCUCUGCCUUCAGGGCCACUUUCUCAGUAGCCAGCAGAAAUCCUGACCCACCUGGACUGGAGAGACAGAUACUACCAGGUCCCCAUUCAAGAGAUGCAGCACUUUGUUAUUACUCCACAAACGUGGCUCAGGCCCACCCGAUAUACUUCGGUUUCCCAGGAGAAAGAGAUUAUUGUUGUUGGCCUUUAAGGGGUUAAACAUCCAGGUAUCAUAUCGGUAUAUUUCCUCCCCGGGCCACAGAGACAGAUUCUUUUCCAGGCCGGGGUUGAGGCAAAUGCCAAUUUUCUGGAGACGACCGCUUUGUGUGUUGCAACUCGGAACUGGCCUUUGUCCUUUGCAAUCGCAGGAUGACGCCUCCUCCGAGGUUUCUGGCGCUGCAGCGAGCGAGGGAUGGGAAGCACUGGGCGGCGCGCGCCCGCGCAAGGGGAACGCCUGAUGCCAGGAUGGGAUUUCCUGGGGACGGCCUUCGUGGGGGCACAUCGUCUCUUGUGCCUGCAGUCUGGGGUUUCCCGGGGAGUCUGCAGGUUUUUGGCUCAGCAAAUUUUGCUUUGAUAUCCUGGAUGGCGCAAGUUGACAAACAUGAACAUGUUCCAGAAUUUCAGAUUUCUGAGGAAGGGGAGAUCCCAAGAGACAAAGUCUUGCCAGGUGCUGAGACAGUGAAGGCAGAAGUGACGUUUCCUCCCAAUGCAUCAACUGCAGAAAGUCCAGCCCAGAGCCUCCAAAACACCUGCAAGGUAAACCCUCCACCGCUCAGACGUCGCCGCAGGAGAUCAAAUGCGCCAGCCGCAGGGGGUUACAUCAAUGUGCUGGGCACCGUUGAGGCACCUCCAGACCAUGCCUUGACCCGGCGUGUGCCAGAGAAGCCAUUCCGCUGCACCGACUGCGGGAAAAGCUUUUCACAGAGCUCCAACCUGAUAGAGCACCAGAGGAUCCACACAGGGGAGCGCCCAUUCACAUGCAGCGAGUGCGAGAAGAGUUUCAGCCGCAGCAGCACCCUUGUGGAACACCAGCGCACGCACACGGGCGAGAAGCCUUACACGUGCCUGGAGUGUGGGCGGGGCUUUAGCCGGAGCUCCACCCUCACAGAACACCAGCGCACGCAUACCGGGGAGACGCCCUUCCUGUGCCGGGAGUGCGGGAAGGCCUUCAGCCGCACCUCCAACCUCAUGAAGCAUCUGCGCACCCACUCGGGCGAGAAGCCCUAUACGUGUGCGCUCUGCGGAAAGCGCUUCUCCCUGAGCUCCAACCUCCUGAAGCACGAGCGCACCCACUCGGGGGAGAAGCCCUUCCCCUGCGCUCUCUGUGGGAAGCGCUUCAAGAAGAAAACCCACCUAGUGUCUCACCAUCGGGUGCACACCGGGGAGCGGCCCUACCGCUGCGAGGAGUGUGGGAAGUGCUUUUCCCAGAGCUCCAUCCUGAUUGAGCAUCAGAGAAUCCACACGGGAGAGAAGCCCUACAAAUGUGCAGACUGUGGGAAGGGCUUUUGUGUGAGCUCAAACCUCAUCAAGCACCAGAGAAUCCACACGGGGGAGAAACCCUAUGCCUGCUCAGUCUGCGGGAAGGCUUUUUCGCAAAGCUCUGUCCUCAUUGAGCACCAGAGAAUCCACACUGGGGAGAGGCCCUUUGUGUGCAACGUGUGCGGGAAGCGCUUCUCCCAAAGCUCCACCCUGAUGGGGCACCAGAGAAUCCACACAGGAGAGAAGCCCUUUGCCUGUCCCGAGUGUGGGCGGGGCUUCAGCCGGAGCUCCGCCCUGACGGAGCAUCAGCGCACCCACACCGGAGAGACGCCCUUCCCGUGUCGGGAAUGUGGGAAGGCCUUCAGCCGUACAUCCAACCUUGUGAAGCACCUGCGCACCCACUCGGGGGAGAAGCCCUACACCUGCACCCUCUGCGGGAAGCGCUUCUCCCUGAGCUCCAACCUCCUGAAGCAUGAGCGCACCCACUCGGGGGAGAAGCCCUUUCCCUGCCCUCUCUGUGGCAAGUGCUUCAAGAAAAAGACCCACCUGGUGUCGCACAAUCGGGUGCACACCGGGGAGCGGCCCUAUCGGUGCGAGGAGUGUGGGAAGUGCUUCUCCCAGAGCUCCUCCCUGAUCGAGCAUCAGAGAAUCCACACGGGGGAGAAGCCUUACAAGUGUGCCCAGUGUGGCCGAGGGUUCUACGUCAACUCCAAACUGGUCAAGCAUCAGAGAAUCCACACGGGGGAGAAACCCUAUGCCUGUUCCGCCUGUGGGAAAACCUUUCGCUACAAGCAGCAAUUCCCACGCCAUGUGGCCCAUGUCCACCCUGGGGAAGACCAGGUGUCUGUGCUUACCUUGAGCACCAGCGUCAAUGUGCUGCUCUCAUAGAGCUAGAACAGCCCCCUGGCCUUUGGGGCUUCAGAUCCUCUGGAGGCCGAUUCCACCGAAAGGCAUCACGGGCUGCCCAAUUUGGUAGGUUCGUAGACUGUCCAGUCUAGCAUCUCAUUGCUAAGUUAUGAAGCACUUCCUGGGACCUCCCAAGGAUAAUUCUAGUACCACAGUUACAGUCAAAAUUGGGUGGCCUGACUCGCAACGCUAGCUUCAUCCUCAUGCAGAGGAGCUACUUCUUGAAAUGAUGAGGGUUCUUGUAUUGGCAUAUAUAGUGUGUCACUGGGAAAGAGGAUGAAAAAAUUGGGGCUGCUUUGCUUUGUAGGGAUCUCAGACUAGUGUACAUUUACAGUAGUAACAAGGAGGGCACCAACCUGAGAUCUUGUUGUGGAGUGAAAGAUCAGCCAUUGCAAGGAUUCUGUUAGUGUGUCUUGUAUUGUUUUAUGAGACGUAGAAAGCUCAAAGGGGUUCAGUGGUGAUACUGUGACUUUCUCUUUUGCUAGGGUAUUUCUGGUAUCAACCAGCAGCCCCCUUGCGGCAGGUGUUUUCCUUUUCUGUUUUGAGGAAAGGCAAAGGGAUUUUGGGAGGAGCUUUUUUUAAAAAGUUUGGUGAAUUGCUGAAGGUUUGCAAGUGCAUAUUUCCUGGGCCUUGUCUUGUUUCUUAAGGAAAAGCAAAAUGGUAUUGUGAGAUUCUUUUUAUUAGAACAUUUACAGUAUUAUCUAGGAGACAGCCAAUUCAUAUUUCAGGGGAGUUUUAACAAUAUUAUGAAGUUUGUUCCAAUAAUACGUUUAUGAUAUCAGUUGGAGGAAAACGGCAAGCUAGCUCUGACUUAAAAUUCCACCUAAUUUGAAUGGUGAUGGAGGCCCCUCUCUUUGUUAUUCAAAGCCAUCCCUACAGAGCCAGAAUAUGAGUCUAACUUAGUAAGUUAUUCUUCUUGAUCAGGGUUUAAAAGGCCUUUUUCAGUUUGAGGGCCACGUUCCAUCAUGGGCAACCUUCUGGGGGCCGCAUAUAAGUGGUGGGUGAGGCCAAUGGCAAAAGUGGGUGGCGUAACAGAUGUGACUCUACCUUUGUACAGUAGGCUGCAUUCCAGCCAAACAAAAGUCAAGAAAGAGGUUUCUACGCACACACACAUGCCACAUAUCUUUAUUUCCAGGCACGUAAGAGUCAUUAUUACAGUUAAAGGGCACAUUUCAGCCAGCCAAAAGCACUCAAGGUUAUGGCCUGUAGGAGAGGACAGUCUUAAGGCCCAAACUGAGAGCACUGGAAGGCUACACUUAUUUCCUGGGCCUCAAGUUCCCUACCCUGUUCUAGAUGCUUCUAGUGGUUUACUGGCUAUCCAGAACAUCACAGUAUGGUUCACUUGGUCUCCUGACAACUGUGCCUGAUUUGUUCCAGGUUUCACAUUCUUGUAACCUUUUAAUGAUCAGUGCAACUGAACAAGACUUAAGCUAAUGCUUUGUUGUUUGUUUUCAAGACAUCUCACGGGCAACUGUCAAGGUGGGGGUAACUGGCAGGGUCGUGGCUUCUUUGCAGUAUACUUGCUUGACAAACAGGGUUACCUUUUGAGUUAUGUGGAGGAGGGAAAUUGGAUGCAAUCCUGCCAAAGCCAAACACAUCAAGACUCGCCAAUUUCAACAGGGAAGAGUUAAACAUUUCUCCCAUUAUAAUCACUGAAACUUUAAGCAAUUAACUUUGGCAGGAUUGUGAGAAAUGGGAACAUAGGAAGCUGCCUUAGAAUGACUGAGGCCACUGGUCCAUCAAGCUCAGUAUUACCUACAUUGACUGGCAGCAGCUUUCCUGGGUUUCAGACAGCGGUUUCUCCCAGUCCUAUCUGGAGAUGCCAGGGAUUGAACCUGGGAUCUUCUGCAUCCACAGCAGAUGCUCUCCCACUAUGGCCCUUCUUCCCUUUAUUAUUCCUCCCCCCUUUCCAAAAAGACCACCUUGAGCAAGAAGUCACUCUCGCAUCCUUCAUGUAAUUGCAUUUACUUGAGGAGUUUGACCUUUCCAGCAGAGAAUUUCCAUGAAUCAGCUUCACAAGGGUCAGAAUUUCAUUAAUAAGGACUAGGAUGGAAAAGAAAAGCUGCUCUAUGGCUGAAUGAGUAGCAGGCAUGCCAAUCCUAAACCGUUUACCGGGAGGUCAGUUCCACUGAAAUAAAAUAGAUUGGAUUCUGGCAGACCACCAGAGGGCAGUCAUUAAAUGCUGUGACAUGUCGUAGACAAGCGGUGAGGUCAGAGUUCACCAUGUUGGGUAGUAUGUUUGAAAGAUGGAGUGAGCGAGGAGAGUGGCAGGCAACCAUGGGUGUCUCAGGAAUGGCCAAGGGAAGCACCCCCACCCCCAUUCGAAAAGACAAUAUCCACAUUCCCAUCUUUCAUUAAAAACAAAAAAGUAAGCCUCAGGCACUUGAGUAACCCAAGAUAUGAGGCAAAACAUGCAGGCGUUAUUCUCAUUUUGAUUGUGUGUGUGUAUGUGUAUGGUGUUUGUUUAGAAACUAGCCUGUUCCUGCCUUUCAGUUUUUAGCCAAGGAAUAUGGUCAUAAUGAUUAGAUACUUGGGACAGCAAUUCUAGGCAAUCAAAGAGGAGGCUAGCGUCAAACACCCUUUGUCUAGAGUAGACCCUAGAGAAGGAGCUUCAUGGUUGGUUUGUAAGUCUUCUGCUAGUCUUCCUUGGUGGAGAAGUGAUUGCUGCCCCAUAGAAAGCAAUUCCCAGGAUUUUAGUGUAGCUGUGAUCUGGGAGUAGUGUGCUAACCCUAAAAAAAGUAGCAGCAAGGAAAGGUUUUCCUUAUCUUUCUAAUUUUGUUCUUAUGUCAGGAAAAAAUGGGGGUGGAUUGUGUUUGUAAAGAUAUUCAGAAUUACUCUGCCAAUACCAAUGUACUCAAUGCAGAGAGUAUGGGUUAUGCCAGCCCUGCAAAAUAACUGUGUUUUUAUACCAAAUCUUCUGGGUGGACAGGGGAGUAGUGUAUGUCAACCUUGAAGUGUAGUCCAGUGUUAUUAGCGUAUUGGGGUGGGAUGGUGGGUAAGGAGAUGCAGGGUGGCGGUGGCUGUGGCGUUGAUUGUAGCAGCAGUGCAGUUAAUUAAGGACUGGCGGGGGAAUGAGUGAGCUAGGGAAAGAACUGAGGUUUUUCAGUGGAAAGUUGCUGUCUAGAUGCCAGGUCUACUUGAGAUGGACAGCAGGUCUUCCCAUCAGUCACCAAAUCCACCAGAAGUGGUGGACCUGUUCUCUGAUGGUAGUUAUGUAUAUUUAUUCAUUUGGAGCAUUUACUUUGUCCUUCCAUUCUCCCCCCCCCCCGGAAAAUACCUGCUGAUGCCUAUGCAAACAACUAUCUUAGAACAUUUAAAUAAAUGAGUUUGGGAGCCCCAAAUGAUUGCCCUGUAGUGGCACUUGUUAUAUUUGGACAGUGGAGAUUGGGAGUGAUGAAAUCACUGUCACUCCUAUGAGAUCCAUGUGGAGGGAUAUUUACAAGGAAGUGUGAACUGUAGGGUUAAUACCCUCCCACUUUGGCUAAAGUGGAAAUAAGUGUAGCAAGGCAAACAGUUCUUGUAUAAAUGCAGAGGUUUCCAAAAACAUUCAUGGGGAAUGAACUGGCAUGGUCUGCUAAUAAUGAGAUACUUAAGCACAUAAGCCAGCCUUAAAUGUUUUGUCACCCCAAGUGGCUGUAUUGCAGGAUGCAAAAGGUGUUUCCCACGAUCUUUUGCUGUGUACAGUCCCAGUGUUGUGUCUCAGUAUUCUCUGCGGCAGUACAAAGAAUCACUUACUGCUUCACUGGUAUCCUAAACAACUGCUAUGUUGUUCAGCCCUGCACAAAAGGCACACCUGUUGCAUCUAUUGCCACCUUCAAAUGUUGGAGGGUGUACACACACCACACAAUCUUGUGGUAUUUAUGUACUAGUUUGUUUAUGUGGGAGUAAAUGAGAGCAUAGAUUUGUUCUCAUGUAUUCAGAGGUAUUGAAGUUAUGGUAACAAAGGAACAGACAUCUUUGUUGUUGGUUUCAGGGCCUUAAAUUGAUGUCUGCUGUGUUCCAGCUUCAUGAACAUGUUACUAUGUAGUCAGUUUUGUGGGAUUGAUUCCGCUGAUCUCCUAAUUUUUCUGUGAAAAUCCAAACUGAUUCAGCAGAUUUGUACAUAAAUGUUGUUGUCAAGAAGCAGAAUCAAAGCAAUACAUAAAUUAGCAACUGUGUGUUACUCAAUAACCCAAAAACCAUAAAGCUAACCAAAACAUAGGUGAGACAAUUCCUACAAGAGGUCUGUGGAAGAUUUGCAAAGUUAAAUGUAGCCGAAAUUGAUAUAAUAUCACCUGGUCAACCUGGAGUCAGAUUCGAAACAUUUUACUCCAUAUUAUUAAGGUAUGUGGUUAACAACACCGAUUCAAGCCUUAUUUUAAUUUCUGCCGGCUCUGUUCAUAGGAAGCAAUAGAUUCACCCAGUUUCUUAUUUUAAGUAGGUAUUAAGUAAAAAAAAAAGUGUUUCUUAGCAUUAUCCUUCACAGAAGAGUGAGUAAAAAGGCUGUGUAGAAUAUCUGCCCCUGUGCAUUUUAAUAGUUUUGUACUGACUGUGUUUCAGAUUGUGACUGUUUUCUUUCAUUUUUUCUUUAUAAUGGCUUAUUAAAAACCAUAAUU